AUGUUGAACAGCAGCCAAUUCACCCCAAAAUAUUUUCUGCUGACUGGGCUCCCUGGUCUAGAGGCAUUGUACCCCUGGCUGGUCUUCCCAUUCUGUUCCACGUAUAGUAUAGCCAUUGUGGGCAAUUCCCUCAUUCUGGCUGUGAUCAAGAAAAGCAAUUCUCUGCACCAGCCGAUGUACUUGUUCCUGGCUAUGCUCGCCUUCUCCGAGCUCGGCGUCUCGGUCUCGACUUUGCCCACUGUGCUCAGCAUCUUUCUGUUCGGUGCCAAUAAAAUAUGCUUUGGAGCCUGCCUUUUUCAGAUGUUCUCCAUACACUCAUUUUCCAUCAUGGAGUCGGGAGUUCUUCUAGCCAUGUCCGUGGAUCGGUUUGUUGCCAUCUACAACCCACUGCGCUACACCACCAUCCUGACCUUGCCCCGUAUUGCUGGCACCAGCGUUAUCCUCGGGCUGAAGAGCGUGUUGCUCAUGGCACCCCUGCCUUUCCUCCUAAAGCGUCUGCCAUUCUGUGGCCACAACAUUCUUUCCCACUCCUACUGUCUGCACUCAGAUCUCAUCCAGCUGCCCUGUGGGGACACUCGUCCCAACAGCAUUCUGGGGCUCUGCAUCGUGACUUCCACCUUUGGGCUGGACUCACUGCUCAUUGUCAUCUCGUAUGUGCUCAUCUUGUACACGGUGAUGAACAUUACCUCUGGGGAGGGGCGGAGGAAGGCCCUCAACACCUGUGUCUCACACAUGUGUGCAGUUCUUGUGUACUACGUGCCAAUGAUCAGCGUGGCUCUGGUGCACCGCUUCGUGAAGCAUGCUGCUCCCGCCCUCCGCCUGCUCCUGGCCAACGUCUAUCUUCUGGUACCACCGAUGCUCAACCCCAUCAUCUACAGCGCUAAGAAUAAGCAGAUUCGUCAAGGGUUGCUACAACUCUUCCUUCAAAGAAAAUAUUAA